AUGCUCUCCCGCUCCGCCACCAGCAUUGCCGCCGCCGCCGUGCGCGCUGCCGGCCGCCCGGCCGCCAGCCGUGCCCUCGGCACCUCGGCCUGGGCCAACCUGAACCUCGUCGCGCCGGACAGCGUGCAGGAGCCCCUGUCGCUCUUCCACCUGACCGAGUCCGAGCAGAUGAUCCGCGACUCGACUCGGCGCUUCGCCCAGGACGUCAUCAAGCCCCUGGUGUCGGAGAUGGACGAGCAGUCGACCCUGAGCCCGACGGUUCUGUCGGGCCUCUUCGAGCUUGGCCUGGCUCGGAUCGACCCGGCCGUCUCGGUCGUUUGCGAUGUCCAGAACACCCUGGUCAACACGGUCUUCCGUAAGUACGCCUCCGAGGACCUGCAGAAGCGCUACCUGCCCCGGCUGGCCACCAAGGCCGUCGGCAGCUUCUGCCUGUCGGAGGCCGGCUCCGGCUCGGAUGCCUUCGCCCUGCGCACGCGUGCCGUUCCGCAGGACCCGGCCGCCGCGCCGACCGCCACCAGCUACAGCCUGUCCGGCACCAAGAUGUGGAUCACCAACGCCGGCGAGGCGGACGUCUUCCUGGUCUUCGCCAACAUCAACCCCGAGCUGGGCUACCGCGGCAUCACCUGCUUCGUGGUGGAGCGCGACAUGCCGGGCGUGUCGGUCGGCCCGAAGGAGAAGAAGCUCGGCAUCCGUGCCUCCUCCACCUGCCCGGUCAUCCUGGAGAAUGUCGUGGUCCCCCCCGAGAACAUCCUCGGCGAGGUCGGCCGCGGGUAUAAGAUCGCCAUCGAGAUCCUCAACGAGGGCCGCGUCGGCAUCGGCGCCCAGAUGCUCGGCCUGGCCCAGGGCGCCCUGGAUGCCACCAUGCCCUACCUGUACGAGCGCAAGCAGUUUGGCCAGUUCAUCGGCGACAUGCCCCUCAUGCAGGCGCAGUACGCCCAGGCGGCCGUCGAGAUCGAGGGCGCCCGCCUGAUGGUGUACAACGCGGCCCGCCUGUGCGAGCGUGGUGCCCCCUUCGUCAAGGAGGCCGCCAUCGCCAAGCUCCAGGCCUCCCGCGUGGCCGAGAGCGUGGCCUCCAAGUGCGUGGAGAUGGCCGGCGGCGUUGGCUUCACCCGGGACUUCCCGCUGGAGAAGUUCUACCGCGACGCCAAGAUCGGCGCCAUCUACGAGGGGACCUCCAACAUCCAGCUCACCACCAUCGCCAAGAUCCUGGCCGCCGAGUACAAGCAGUAA